UUGAAAAUGUCAGAUGAGGAGCCAGAUGAUGAAGAUGACGUUGAAGAUCAGAAGGAUGAUGCUGAAGAGAAAGGUGGAGACGAGGGGGAAGGGGAGGAUGAGAAGGAAGCGCCAGAGGAGGAGGAGGAAGAGCACCCAGUCUCAAACCCUCUCACCGAGGAGCACAUGAAGGAAGGACUUUCGAUGUUAUGUAAAACUGGCAAUGGCCUGGCUCAUGCAUUUGUGAAAUUAGAGGUCAAAGAAAAGGAACUGACAGACAUCAACCUCAUUCAAGGCUUCAUCCACUUACGUUAUGUAGACCUGUCCGAAAAUCUGCUCCGAGACCUGUCCCCAUUGUCAGGACUCACACAUCUGCUGUGGCUGAAAGUGGAUGGCAAUCGGCUAACUAGUGCCGGCCUGGAUGAGCUGAUAUACCUGCAGCAUGCCAGCUUUGCUAGCAAUCACAUCAAGGACAGCAAUGGCAUUGGCCACCCACGGCUAGUCAGUCUCAACCUGAAAAGUAAUGAGAUCGAGGCGAUAACAGGACUGGAUCCAGACAAGCUGUCAAAUCUGCAGACAAUCGAAUUGCGAGGAAAUGGCCUAAAGUCUACAGCUGGAUUCUGUUUGCCCAAGCUCAAAACUCUGUACCUGGCCCAGAAUGCCAUUACCGUAAUAGAGGGCCUGGAGGACCUGGGGCAGCUCACAACUCUGCAUCUGCGCGACAAUCAGAUUGAAACACUGGAUGGCUUCUCAGCAAGCUUGAGGUCUCUCCAAUAUCUCAACCUACGGGGGAAUGGGAUUGCACAGCUCCAGGAAGUGUCGAAGCUGCUGGUGCUGCCCAUGUUACGAGCCCUGGUCUUGCUAGACAAUCCUUGCUCGGAGGAGGGGGACUACCGAGUGGAAGUGCUGGUGAUCCUUCCACGCCUUGAGCGCCUCGACAAGGAUUUCUUUGAAGAGGAUGAACGGACGGAUGCUGAGGAGCUACGACAGAGGCGCCGGGAAGAAGAGCUGGAACUAGAGAGAGAGAAAGAGAGAGAGAAGGAGAUGGAGAUGGAAGAAACGGAUGACCUCGCUCAGGAGGAGGAUGUGCCAGAAUGACACAAGAGUGCCAGUCCCCAGACAGGGCGUUUGCCCAGAGCCGCUUUUUUUCGGAGCUCAGCUGCUGCCAGCUGGCUCGCGGAGUGGAGCAGGAGCUGCAGCCCGCCUUGCAAAGCCUCCUUCCUGCGCUGUGCAGCGCCGACCCAAGGAGUGCUGCUUCCCUGGCGCGCAGUAACAGAAAGGUGCCGAGAGACAGAGGAGCGUCUCUGUGCUUUGAAUGGGAUGUGAUUUGAUGCAUGUGACUGUGGAUUAAAAAAAGGAGGGCAGGAAAAGAAGUCUGACGGA